CCUCUCGAGGGAAAGGCGCACGCUAGGCUGGUUUUGAAUACAACACUGGGUUCGGCCUUUUCUUUACCGUACGCGUCUUGAAUUGGUGACUUUGCUAGUUCAAAAUGGCGCGAAYAGUUUGGAUAUCGAUGCUUGGGCUUCUUGUGGUGACCAGUGCUUUUGCAGCUCCUCAGUACUCCUGCACCACUGAGAAACCCAACCUUGACAUCGAUGCCUCUGUCCCUGGUGAGAUCGUCAGUCCUGGUUUCCCAGGCUCCUACUCGGACAAUUCAGACUGUACCUGGAAGCUUAAGGCCCCACUCGGAAGUGUUGUACGUGUGACAGUCACUAAACUAAACCUUGAUAAGAGUGACUUCUUAACUCUUGCCGAUGGUCAGACGGCUUUCUCUGGAAACCUCUUUGGAAAGUAUUCGCAAUGCAUGGCGGGUAAACUAUCCCUCUUUUCCACUGGUCAAUACAUGCACAUUCGGUUCGAAUCCGAUGCAUCAAAUAAUAACGAAGGAUUCAAAAUCGAGUACAAAGCAGUCAGAAAAAGUCAAUUAGUCGAAGAUGGAAAAGUUAACACCAUAUGUUCGCGUGAUGCCAAUCCAUCACCGCCGAGGGGUUACGUGGCUCAUCCUGGUUUCCCAGGACCAGUUACACAAUUCAAAAAAUGCGUUUGGAAGAUACAAAUGAAUGGUCGAAAUCCAUCGGUGUCCUAUAAACUGCUAGGACUUAAGAAAGACCCAGGGUUUUGUUACGACAGUAAAGUUCGCAUGAACUUUGGAGGGAGUCAAGUUCCACAGUGUGGAUGUGCAAGUCUUCCAGAAAACCAGAGAUCAAAAUCUAGUCGUGGUUUUAUAGAGUUUCUGUCACKAUCAGAAAGUGGCGUUGGUCAACCGGGGUUCCUGUUGUACUACAAUGACGUUGAUUCAGCCAAGUGUUCUGAUAUUAAUAAUUGUCCUGCAAUGGACGACGACCGCAAUGUCGGCUUUGAYAGGAACAGCAACGUCAAGUACGAGAAAAAGGCUGUCACGACAACACCAGCACCAACCACGAUUCCUCCGCCAAAGGAACCCGAAAAGCCUUUCCAAGUGACAUGCGACAAGGACAAAAUUGAAAUCGCUCUCAAGUYAUCCGAGUUUGGCGACGGAAACUUUAAAACUGACACUGCAACUCUUAAGGACACCAACUGCAAGGCUAAACGUCUGAACAGUACGCAUGUCUACAUGGAAACACCACUGGACGGUUGYGGGACGUACCACAACUACAGCAGUGAUGGACGUUACGUCAUCUACUAUAAUCACAUUGUACUCCAGAGGAAGUCUAAUGAAGACGGUGCAAUUAUUACUCGUGACCAUGAAGCUGUAUUCGAGUUUGAAUGUCGUUAUCAUCGUAGCAGUGUCAUGUCUGUUGUUCAUUUUACUCCUUCAAGAGCUACUGUUUAUACAGCGACAGAAAAUUUUGGCAACUUCACGUUUAUGAUGAGAAUGUUCAAAACCAAAAAGUACAAMGAGGCGUACCAGGAAUACCCCGUUCAUGUCAUCGCCAGUAAAGAUGUGUUCAUCCAGACAGAAGUCAAGGCAAAGGAUGCUGAGCUGGUUCUUUUUGUAGAAAACUGCAAUGCUACACCAUCUGAAGAUCGCAAUGACAAGGAGUUUUACGACCUUAUCGAGAAAGGCUGCGAAAAAGAUGAAUCCCUCAAAUAUGACCACAAACUCUCGCCUGUACAAAGAUUCAAUUUCAAGGCGUUCUAUUUCAACGUGGACACACAAGCUAGUGUUCACAUUCACUGUAGAGUACGGGUGUGUCGUAAGGCUGACAAGAAUUCUCGCUGUGUGAAGGGUUGUCAGUUUGGCAGGCGCAGAAGAGAAGCGACAAGUACCGAUGAGAAUGAUGACUUCACCGGUACUCUUAGUUUAGGACCCAUUCAGACCGAGUCUAAUACACACCAAGGUAUGGAAACAAUAAGUUUAUUUUACAAGAGAGACAUCUUUAUGAAUAAUUAA